AUGCCUCCCCCGACCCGCCCCCGCCCAAAGCCCAAGCCCAGCAAAUCCACAGCAACAAUCUCCACUCUCGCAACCCCAAAAUUGAAACCGGCCAAGGGUAGCGCCUCCCACGAAGUCACCUCAGUGGUUCUGGGUAGCCAGUUAAUACCUGCUUGGUGCCCAUCCUCAUACCCACUCAAGGCCAUAGCCAGCGAUCACGACACCCAUUCCCCCUUCUCUCUUUCCGCAUCCACAAGUCCUCACCCUACCAGCAGCGAGCGUAUCUACGUCUGCGAACACUGCUUCAGCUACACCCCUGAAGCCUCCGAGCUCCUCUUGCAUAAACCCUUCUGCCACCUCUCUGGGAAGCCCCUGGGGAAGUUGGUAUACGCGCACAAUGGGUUUUCAAUAUACGAGGUCGACGGCGAGGAGCAUCCACUGUUCUGCCAAUGCCUCUCGCUGUUUGCAAAGUUAUUCCUGGACACGAAGAGUAUUUCCUACGACGUUGAGCCGUUCCUAUUCUACACACUCGUCGAGGACGUCCUCCCUCCUGCCACGGAUGGUGCGGGGGGGAAGGCGCAGCAGCAGCAGGAGGGUGGGAAGAGGAUAGUCGGCUUCUUUUCAAAGGAGAAAAUGUCCUGGGAUGGCAAUAUCCUCGCUUGUAUAUUGAUUUUCCCACCAUACCAACGGAGGGGCCUCGGGAAGAUUUUGAUCUCCUUCUCUUACGUGUUAGCUAGAGGGGAGGGGAAAAUUGGGGGUCCAGAGAAACGUAUUUGCCCCUUCCUCAUCCAACUCCGAGUAGGCACUAACUUUGUAUAUAGCGCUAUCGGAUCUCGGUCAGAAAGGCUACAGAUCAUACUGGACCUCCGUCCUUGCUGCCGCGAUAUUAAACCGCAAGUCUAAGAAACCGAUCACAAUCACGGACUUGAGUAAGGAGACUUGGGUUCAUCAGGAGGAUGUGGUCGCCACGUUGAAGGGUAUGGGAGCGAUUGGCCGGAGCGCACCAGAUGCAGCGGGGGAGCCGGGCGGAUGGGUCAUCUCGAGGAGUAAGGUUAGGGAGUUUGUCGCAGCCACCGGGAUCAAGGUUGGCUCUGGGGGGAUUGCCAUGGAGGGGGCUAUGCUAGAUCAGUAG